AUGCUGAGCGAAGACCUGACCAAGACAGCUCUGCUGCAGCUGCAAAUGGCCCAGCCAAGACAGCUUUGGAUGUCCACUGCGCAGCUCAUGGUCCGGCGGCAGCUCCCUGCCGAUGCCGAAGAAGGUCCUGUCCUUCUCGACGAUCCCUCCUUGCCUUUGCAAGCGCGCUACAUCGCCUACAGGUCAGAAGCCGCCGAAGCCUCGAGCCAAGGGCAUAGCCGUGGCUUCGUUGCGCUGGGGGCCGAUGCCGGCUGCCGCACAUGGCUAGCCCCUUUCUCGCUGGACAAUCGCUUAGCUGCGCAAGAGAAGCACACGCAGCUGCUCUCCGAAAUCGUCUCUGCCGCAGGCCUUGAUGGUGGCCAGGUGCGCCUGUACCUGUCCUACGUGCCCUCCUUGGCGAGCCUCGCAACGCUCUACCAACUGCGCAGCCAGACAGGCGUGCAGCUACAGGUGGCUUUCAAUACCUGGCGAGAGACGCGGAUGUGGACUUCUGAUGCACCUGAAGCUACCUGA